GCUAGCACCCUCGGUGGAAGAUACUCUCUUCCUUGAGAUCAUGGACAGAGAAGUCUUCAGAGACAAAUCAGGCAGCUGGGUAGCCCCUCUACCCUUCCGGUCACCACGCCAUCGCCUUCCUGACAACAAGGUACAAGCAGAGAAACGCUUCACCUCAUUGCAGCACAUGCUACAAAGAAAGCCAAAUAUGAAGAAACACUUCCAAGCCUUCAUGCAGAAGAUCUUUGAUAACGAUCAAGCUGAAAGGGCACCACCACUACAAGAGAACCAAGAACACUGGUACUUACCAAUAUUUGGGGUGUACCAUCCUCAGAAACCAGGCCAGAUACGUGUAGUAUUUGACUCUAGUGCGAAGCACAAAGGCAUCUCACUAAAUGAUGUCCUUCUCAGCGGACCUGACCUGAACAAUACACUCCUUGGAGUACUCAUCAGGUUCAGAAAAGAACUCGUAGCAGUGACAGCAGACGUACAACAGAUGUUCUACUGUUUCCUUGUUCGUGAAGAUCACAGAGACUACUUAAGGUUCCUGUGGUAUGCAGACAAUGACUUUAACAAAGAAAUCACAGAGUACAGGAUGAAGGUACAUGUGUUUGGAAACAGCCCUUCUCCAGCUGUAGCUAUCUACAACCUGAGACGAGCAGCACAGCAAGGUGAAAGACAUGGUCAAGAAGCCACACAGUUCGUCAUGAAGAACUUCUACGUAGAUGAUGGACUUGCUUCUUUCUCCAGCAACGAAGAAGCUAUCAACGUCCUGAAAAGUACAAGAGAAAUGUUGGCAGAAUCCAACAUAAGACUGAACAAGGUAGCUUCCAACAGCAACAGAGUCAUGGAAGCAUUUCCAAUGGAAGACCGUGCUAAAGACCUCAAAGACAUGGAUCUAGAAACAGAAUCACCACCCUUGCAAAGAAGUCUUGGGAUUAGUUGGGACCUGAAGACUGACAGUUUCACCUUCAGGGUCUCCAGAGAAGAGAAGCCAUUCACAAAAAGAGGUGUCCUAUCUACAGUCAACAGUCUUUACGACCCCCUGGGGUUCGUAGCACCCAUCAUCAUGCAAGUUUUACCGCGUGUGUUCAUUAUAUCUCAGUAAAGAUUACAUCAGUUAAGCAAACCAGCGUGU